UAGGAUCAAGUAAAAACCUUGUACACCGUAGGAUUAUUCCCUAAUGUAUACGCCUAUAUGGCAUGACAUCCAAAAUCUCUACGUCAAUCAAUAAACCAGUCCGGCUUCCACAAGAUGAAAUGGUAAAAUUAUGGCGCAUAUAAUUCCGUCAGAUAUAACAUCCAGAACUAGGUGACAAAAAAAAGAUUCGCCAUGGCAUUUGUCCUUCACUGCACUUUCUCGAUCAAAACCUCAAUAUAAGAACACUUGUUAUGGAGUGCCUUAAUCUCUGAUUAUAGCAAUGGCUAGCUCAAAUUCGAUUACUGAGCCCUCCCCUAAGUUCCAGCUGCCUACUAGACGCUCAAUCAUGGCAGAAGCAAAGGCAGCAAGUCCUGCCCCAGAAUGGUUGUCUCCCCGUAAUGCUGCCCUGUGUAAUUUUCAGAAGGUGCUUGUUGCAGAGUUGAUGGGGACGUACAUUCUUGUAUUUGUGGGCUGUGGAGCUGCUCUCACUGACAAAAUUCAAAGACUAAAUAUGUUAGGAAUAGCGAUUGUGUGGGGCGCGGUUCUGAUGGCAGCUAUUUAUGCUCUUCGUCAUGUCUCUGGUGCACAUUUUAAUCCUGCAGUUAGCAUUGCCUUGGCUGUUGUCCGCAAAUUUUCUUGGAAAGAAGUGCCGAUGUACAUUUUGGCUCAGGUCCUCGGAUCAACACUUGCAAGUCUAACUCUUAGGGUGCUGUUCCAUGAGCAAGGAAAUAUUCAACCCAUAGUGAAUCAGUACUCAGAUCCAACCAGUGAUCUAGAAGCAAUUGUGUGGGAAUUUAUAAUUACAUUUAUCUUGAUGUUCACCAUUUGCGGUGUCGCUACCGAUCCUCGAGCUGUAUGGUCUGAGUUACACUAGUUGCUUUCUUCAAGAAUCCUUUAUAUUAAUGAAGAAAAAAUGGGGCUAAAAAAUAGAUGUGAUAUAUUCCUCUCUUUUUUUGUGUGUUUAUUUUUCUUCUCACCCUUUCACUUUGUUUUACGUUCCAACAGUGCAAAGACCUUUCUGGAGUUGCAAUAGGCGGUGCGGUAAUGUUCAACGCCAUGAUUGCUGGGUAAACAAACUCCCUUGCUGGUCUAGCCACUUCUGCAACUCAAUUAUGUUCGUUUUCAAGUGAUCUGAUGCAUUCAUUUUAAUAAAUUCUCCAGGCCAAUCACUGGAGCUUCGAUGAACCCUGCAAGAAGUUUAGGCCCUGCUCUUGUCUCUGGUGUUUACAAGAAUCUCUGGGUCUAUAUUGUAUCCCCAAUUCUCGGAGCAAUGGCUGCAGCCGUAGUGUACUCUGUACUUCGGGUACCCGAGC